AUGUUGUUAAAGCGGAUCUUUGAACGAGUUCGUACCCGUUCAUCCGGUGAUGCAAAUAAACAAACAUGUUUAUGUACGACAGCUAAACGAGAUUCAUUUUAUGAUGAUUUACCUGAAUCAUUAACUAAAACUAAUGAACAACAAUCAAUCGAUCAACAUGAACUUAUACGAUCGGGUAAAAUCCUCUUUUGUUGUUUUUGUAAAUAUUUUUUCACUGAUUGUUAUACUAUUUUAACUAUAUCGAUAAAUAGAAGAAUAGUAGACAACAUAUGUGUUUAUUUAGAUAAACCAAGACGAUUAAGUCGUCAAGCAAAUAUAGACGAAUCAGAUGGUGAAGAUGAUAUAAGUAUAACUGAAAAACUACGUCGGGCAUCUUCAAGUUUACCAGCUAAUAUACCAAUGUUAGUUGUUGUUUCAUUUAGUCCUGAUGCUAAAGGUUUACAAAAAAAACAAAUUGAAAUUCAACGUGGUUUUCCUGUAAAUGCUCAAUUUAUUUUAAAUGAAUGGUUAUUUGUUAAAACAGCUGACAAUGAAGAAGGUUUUGUACCAUAUGUAUGUUGUCGUCCAAUGUUACGACGACAAUCAAUAAAAUAUUCAAAUGAUAUAGAAAAUUUGUAUAAACCAUAUGAUUUUCAAACAAGUAAAUCAUGUCAAACAAAAUCACCAUCAACAAAUACAUCAAUAUUAACACCAUCAACAACUAAAAAAUUUUCAUUAUCAUCAACACUUGGUUCACAAUCAUUUUUAUUUCAAAAUUCAUUAUCAUGUAAAAAACGUCAAGAUGUUACAUCAUCAUCAUGUGGUGGUGAUUCCGGUUUUUCAGAUUGUGAAUCAUCAUCACAUAAUAAUAAUAAUAAUAAUAAUAAUAAUAAUCGUAGUUUUGAUAUAUCAACACAACGUCAUGCACGUUUAUCAAAUAUUCGUUCAUUACGUUCAUCUUCAAAUACAAUAAAAAAACAUGGUCUUCUUGUGCAAGAUCUUCCGAUUAAAAAAUCAAUGAAAAAUAAUAAUAAUACAGCUGUUUUAAAAUCGGAUAGCUCUAAUCGAAUGAAAUAUCAAUUGUCUAUAUCCAGUAACAGUGCAUUUACACAAAUUGUAAAAAGAAAUAUUCAUGAAAGUCAACAACAGGAAAAGUAA